AUGGCGGCACUUCCGCCGUCCAAUUUUGGACCCACAUCGUCGCAGUAUUCCACAGAAUCAGACCCGUCUCAAAUGGAAUUCUUGUCCGUUGAAAGUGGCGGCGCCGCCGAAAGCACUAGCACAGGAGAAAGCAACUUCGUUCCCCGCCCCAAGCGCAUCGCAUGUGUUGUCUGCCGUAGGAGGAAACUAAGGUGUGAUGGGAGACGACCAAGCUGUGGGACUUGUUCACGUCUGGGACAUGAAUGCUCUUAUGAUGAAGUGCGCAAGAAGAGUGGUCCAAAGCGGGGAUAUGUCAAGCAGCUUGAAGCGCGAUUAGCUCAAGUAGAGACCCUGCUCAAAGGCCAGGAUCCGGAAUCCACCCAACGAACCUCCCCGCAUCAACCAUUGGAGAAUGCAUUCACAGCACCCAUCGCUGAUGAAUCUAUACUGGAUUUGCCUGACCUCUCGGACCUAGGAGGGCUGGGAGGCAUUGGAUGUAACAUAGAUAACUCGUUUUCAGCUAUGAAUGCCCCCGGCGCAGGUCAGCCAAGUCCUAUGUUAUAUCCCCCGCUGUCCAGCACCCCGGGUGGCGGCAACACUCAAUGGGACUUGAUUAGUUUAGGACUGGAGGAGCCCCUUCCUUCACAGGAUGUGAUCGAUGAGCUCGAAGCUCUUUUCUUUGAGAAAAUCUAUCCAAUCAUGCCCAUCAUCCACCGGCCCCGUUACUUUGCAGCCCUGACUCUCGCUCCUAAUAUGCGACCACCGAUCUGCCUGCGGUACAUUAUGUGGUGCAAUGCCGCAUCUGUCAGUGACAAAUACUUCUUUCUACAUAAUCAUUUUUACCAGCGGGCACGCAAGUAUGCUGAGGUGGACGAAAUGAAAGGAUUCGGAGAGAACAUCGUCAGUUUAGCACAUUGCCAAACAUGGAUAUUCAUCGGGACAUACGAAUUCCGGAUGAUCUUCUUCCCACGAGCCUGGCUGAGCGUCGGUAAAGCUGCAAGACUAGCAUUGAUGCUGGGAUUGAAUCGGCUUGAUGGUGUUGCUCUCGAUGUCAAACAAACCAUUUUACCACCGAGAGAUUGGACAGAGCGCGAAGAACGUAGGAGAGUCUUCUGGGGCGCAUUUGCCACAGAUAGAUAUGCGAGCGUUGGAACUGGUUGGCCCAUUCUUAUUGAUGAGAACGAUAUCAUGAGCAACCUCCCUGCAUCCGAAGAAUCUUUUACCAAGAGCAAGCCACAACGAACACUUCAUCUGAACGAUAUCAUCACCGGAGAUGGUGUUUCUACACUAUCCCCUUUUGCAUGCGUGGUGGUUUUGGCAAGUCUUUUCGGUCGUAAUCUCGUACAUAUCCAUCGACCUCAGCCGCAAGACAACGAUCAUGACCUCAAUGGGGAUUUUUGGAAGCGCCACAGAAGUCAUGAUAAUAUUCUUCUGCAUAUUUCGCUCUCGUUGCCUGAUCAUCUUCGACUUCCAACUGGCGUGUCAGACGUGAAUGUCAUUUUCGCCAACAUGAGCAUCCAUACUUCAACCAUAUGUCUUCACCAAGCGGCAAUAUUCAAGGCUGAAAAGAACAAGAUGCCAAGUCAGAUUACGACCGAAAGCAAGCGCAGAUGCCUUGUCGCCGCGAACCAGAUUUCGAGUACUAUGAAGAUGAUUAGCCACGUUGAUUUGACGAAUCUAAAUCCUUUCAUGUCAUUUUGUCUCUAUAUUGCUGCUCGUGUCUUUGUACAGUAUCUCAAAUCCCGACCAGAGGAUUCGAGUUCCUUUCUUGUUCAAUUGGAUGUUGAUCUUGAUGGAACUGGUAUUCGUGCUUUAGACGAUAGACAGAAAACCAACAUAUCUGCACAAUCACACUGCCAAAAUAAUGUCGAUUGUGCUCCUUUAUACCAGAUCCGCCAAACACAAGGGACCGGGAAGGAUGAGUCUUUGCAAUAUAGUACAAAUCGCGGUGGCAAUCAACAUCCUAUGCCUGCCAGUUCGACAACGUGCCUCCCCAACCGAAAUAGGGACUCAACGACCCAGCCCACCUCGGGAUCAGUCUUUAACAGCGAUGAUAUGCAUCAUUUUUUCGGAGCUUCCACUCAGGCGACAGGUCCAAAAAUGGAUCAAGCGGGAUCAGCAGGCGCCAUUAUCGAUAUGGACAUGGACUUUCCAGCUGACUGCGGCAAUCUCAGCGACAGAAACAAUCCACCAUCAGACCAUCCCACCCCCUCGACCUUGAAUUCAUCCUCGAACACGUCCUAUUCAAUGAACGGUGCUGACGAUCCACCACCCGGAAACAAACAUCAAAAGACGAACUCGGUAUAUCCGAGUCAGGGGUCAGCCCCGUCCUUUGAUAAAGUCAAUUCAAACCUCAUGCCACAGGGAAAUACAAACCCGCAGUCCAUUGAUUUGGGCUCUCUGGCUGGUCGGUUUUAUCAAAGCAGCUCUAAUAGCCCAUCAAUUCCCGCAGAGGCGUCGGGAAUCUUUUCUGUGCCCUCUGCGUGGGACCUUCCAACCCCAAAUCCAGACGCGCGCAAUGAAGACCUUAGCAAUCUAAACAUGGAGACUUUCAGUGAAUCUCAAUGGGCUCAGAUGUUGAAUAUCCAAAUCCAGGGUGAAAACGGGACCAACACUGGCUGGGAUAACUGGCGGCCGUCGUGA